UUCGAUUUCGUAAUUAACACUAGCAAUGUCCGUUAGUCCGUCUGCUGACAUGGAUUCAUUUCGAAAACUUUUACUUAAAGCCAAUGCUGUUGUGAUAUUGACGGGUGCAGGAGUAUCUGCCGAGUCUGGGGUCCCUACAUUUCGCGGGGCAGGAGGGCUAUGGAGGACAUAUUCGGCGAUAGAUUUAGCCACCCCGUCUGCUUUUCGGUCCAAUCCCUCUCUUGUUUGGGAGUUUUAUCACCACCGUAGAGAAACUGUUGCAUCAAAGCAUCCAAACAAUGCACAUAAAGCAAUAGCUGAAUUUGAAUCCAGACUAACUAAACAAGGCAAACAUGUAAGUGUCAUAACCCAAAAUAUCGAUGAGCUCCACCAAAGGGCUGGAUCUGUAAAUGUAUUGGAGCUACAUGGAAGCUUGUUCAAGACUCAGUGCCUAAAAUGUAAAAAGGUGGAAGCGAAUUAUGACAAUCCUAUCUGUGAAGCUCUUAGAGGAAAAGGGUCAGCAUCUCCAGUUGAAGGCGGAGAAAAGAUUCCUGAAUUAUCACUUCCAAGAUGCAAAGUUUCAUCUUGUGGGGGCCUCCUAAGGCCAUAUGUUGUUUGGUUUCAUGAAACUUUGGAUCCCAUUGUUCUGAAAAAAGCUGAGAGGGAUCUUAAUAGUUGUGACCUAUGUUUGGUUAUUGGGACAUCAUCUGUAGUCUAUCCUGCUGCAAUGUUUGCCCCUCAGGUAGCUGCUAGAGGGGUCCCGGUUGCAGAGUUCAAUAUGGAAACUACGUCUGCUACUCAUCAUUUCGGGCAUAUUCCAUUUUUCUGGUCCAAGUGGAGAACUUUUGCCGAUAGCUCUAGCACCGUAACGAGUUAGUUAUGGGAAACAACGAAUCUAUUCUUUUAUUGAAUACAUAUAUAUACCUAUACGUAUACGUAUAAAUAUCUGGCCGUCUUUUGCUAUCAUCUGAUGUCCUCGUGUGGUCUUUUUGCUGCUAUUCAGGUAUCUUUUUACUUUCUGAGUUAUUUUACUGAGAUAAAAUCCCAAAUAAACAUCUGAUAAGAAA